UCAUGUGACUGCAGCAAAUAUUCUAAUGUAAGUUGAUUUUGUCUCUUUAUGUUCCCAGAUACAAUUGAGGAUGGAGAGAGAAUUAUACAGUAAUAUGAAUGGUAACUGGCUGUCAGGAUUCACCACCCCAGAGCAGGAGGAAUCCAGAUAAUGAUUACCCAGCCAGCAGUGAUCCUGCCUGCAGUUAUCCGUCCUGUGAUUACCAUAAGGGGACAACUUCUGGUGAAUGUGACUGUUGCACAAGCGAGGGAUCUGUCCCGUUCCAUCUAAUGUAAAUGGCGUCUGCUGAUCUGAGAGACGAGCUGACCUGCUCCAUCUGCCUGAACAUCUAUACAGAUCCUGUAACCCUGACAUGUGGACACAGCUUCUGUCGUAUCUGCAUUGGGAAUAUGCUGGACACACAGGAGGGACCUGGCAUGUAUACAUGCCCAGAGUGUAGAGAAAGGUUUGGAAAUUGUCCUGAGCUUAAAAGAAAUCUGAGACUGUGCAACAUAGCCAAGCAUUUCUCAUCUAAUGAAGAAACUAUGAGAAAGGCUGGAAUUUCCUGUACUUACUGUGCUGACUUUCCUGCUGUUAAAACAUGUCUGCAUUGUGAAGCUUCUCUGUGUGAAUCCCACCUUAAGGGCCACAGCCAGUCAGCAGAACAUGUUCUAACUGAACCCAUUUCUUCUAUAAGGAAUAGAAAAUGUUUUACCCACAAAGAAAUUUUGAAAUAUUACUGUUCUGAAGAUGCUGUCUGUAUCUGUGCAUCCUGUGGCUUGAUAGGAGAGCACAGAGGUCACAUGGUGGAGACUCUUACUGAAGCCUCUGACAAAAAGAGGCAAGAGAUGAGAAAUAUUUUGGAGAGACUGACUUCGAAAAGAGAGGAGGCUGGGAAAAGCAUUCAAAGUCUGCAGGAGCUCAGAAGAGACCUUGAGGAAAAAUCAGCUGUUGUCACCAAGAAAGUCUCUAUCACGAUCAGGGACAUCAAGGAACAGCUGGAAGCUCUGAACAUGAGCAUCCUGGGUGUGAUCUCACAGCAGAAAGAGCAGGUUUCACUCCGAGUCUCAGAUCGAAUCCGGCAGCUGGAAAUAAAGAAGGAGAAGCUGUCCAGGAAGAUGGGUCAAGUUGAGGAGCUGUGUAACAUGACGGACCCAUUAACAGUCUUACAAGGACGGGAAUCAGACAGCGCUGACUAUUGUGAUACUGUGGAGGAGGAAGAUAAGGAAAAUGAUAUACAUUCUGAAAGGGAUAUGGACAUGGAUCUGAUCUUAGAGACCUUAAACACAGGCUUAGCUGAUAUAGUAGCUGGAGUAAAAAGAAGAUACAAUGUACUGGAUGCUACAGACAAAUCUGUAGAUGUAAAAGUGGAUUCAGACAUGUCUCUGGAUGUCAAACCUGUAUCACACAAGUUACUUGAUGUAAACACAACUUCUGAAAGUUUACCUGAUGUAAGCACAGCUUCUGAUAUCAUAUUGGACAUAAAUACAGCUAGCAACAAUGUAGAUAUUUCAUGUGACUUGAAAACUGUAUCUUGGGCUGCAACUAGGUCAAAUCGCCCGUAUCUGCCAGAGAGAUUUUAUUUUCCACAAGUUUUAAGCUCCCAGAGCUUUUCCUCAGGGCAGCAUUGCUGGGAAGUGGAGGGCAGUGAAUCAGGAAGAUGGUUGGUAGGAAUGACUUAUCCCAGUAUAGAUCGGAACAAACAUCUACAGUCUGCGAUUGGAGACAACAACAAGUCCUGGGGUUUGGAGAGGGUAGAUAAUCACCAGUAUUCCGUGAGACAUGACAGUAAAGAAAUCCAUUUACAUUUUAAACCUUCCUGUCAGAAAAUUAGAAUUCAUCUUAAUUAUAAAUCCGGGCGGCUGUCCUUCUAUGAGCUGUGUGAGCCAAUCAGACACUUACACACCUUCACUGCCACCUUCACGGAGCCGCUUCAUGUUGCAUUCUGGGUAUUUGUGCAUGAUUCUUUAGGUGAACAAAGAAGUAGUUGGGUGAGAAUACUUAACUAG